GGGAGCUGGCUGCACCGAACGCCGAGGGGCCGGCGUCCGCCGCGGUUAAUGUGUCCGCCGGCCGUAUAGGGGCCAUGCCGCCCGGGCCCACGGCCUUCCCCGCUGUGCGCCCCGGCCGCCGCGCCCCGCGUCCGCGCCGGCAUGGUGAACCUGGCGGCUAUGGUGUGGCGCCGGCUCCUCCGGAAGAGGUGGGUGCUCGCCCUGGUCUUCGGGCUCUCGCUCGUCUACUUCCUCAGCAGCACCUUCAAGCAGGAGGAGAGGGCAGUGAGAGAUCGGAAUCUCCUCCAGGUUCAAGACCACGACCAGCCCAUUCCGUGGAAAGUGCAGUUUCACCUGGGCAACAGCAGUCGGCCUGGCAACCAGUGCCGGAACUCCAUUCAAGGGAAGCACCUCAUCACGGACGAGCGAGGAUACAUUUGCGAAAGGAAGGAUUUGCUGGUGAACGGCUGCUGUAACGUCAACGUCCCCGGCACGAAGCAGUACCGCUGUGACGGCUGCCUGCCCAACGGCUGCUGCAGCGCUUACGAGUACUGCGUGUCCUGCUGCCUGCAGCCCGGCAAGCAACUUCUCCUGGAGCGCUUCCUCAACCGGGCAGCUGUGGCAUUCCAGAACCUCUUCAUGGCCGUCGAAGAUCACUUUGAAUUGUGUUUGGCCAAGUGCAGAACCUCAUCCCAGAUGAGGAAAAAGAAGCGAAGCGACUUCCCAGAGUCCCUACUGAGAUUUAACCACAGAACGAGAACAAGAACUUCAUCUCUGGCUUCAGGUCCGCUAUUGCCUCUCACCAGCUCUGCCAUGAUCAUCCCCCUCACUGGUCCCCACCUUGAGAGUGUAGAUUUCUGUUGUCCAGGUCAAAAGAGAGGAGAGGGGGGCCUCAGUAGCCAAAUUGGGUCAGUAAUUUGAAGGUCAUUUUCAUUUGGCCCUGGAAUAUGUUUUGUUUGUUUGUUUGUUUAACUUAAGUCAAGUUCACUGGUUUGGAAACUCACAACACUGCAGACUACAUAAUGAAGUCGUUGAAGGACUUGGGACAUUGUUCGGCCUCCCCAGCCUUCCAGCCCAGAACCUCUCCCUGCUCUGCACGCUGUGGUUUGUUUUUCCUUGACUGAGGGUUUCUAGAAUCAGGGACCUCACCUUAGUUCUGCAUGCCUAGAGUUUAGCAAAGCACAUGACACAUGCUGGGAUUUUAGGGAAACAUGAAAGAAGGGACAAAAAUACCUUUAGUUAAAAAAAAAAGUUACAGGGUGCCUGGGUAGCUCAGUCGGUUGAGCAUCUGACUUCGGCUCAAGUCAUG